CAUCUCUGUCGAUUUGCUUUUGAUUUUACUGUCGGUUUCUUUUUGGUUAAGUACAAAUCCCUUUUUCAACUAUUUCCGAUCAUUUUCAAAAUUUGAGUGCUUGGCAAUUGCCCAUUUGGCUACAAGCUCAUUUUAGUGCCCCGGUGUUUGGGAAUCGGUAUACGGGCAAGGGCCAAUGAUGAAGUUCAGUUGUGUUCGCGUGGCGAUGAGAUGCAGUGGAGCCGGCUCCAUCCUCGAGCGAAAUAUCCUCUGCAGGAUCAUGGGGCGCCACAAAUGUAGCUGUUUGACCCUGGAGAACACGUUCAAGUGCUACGACCUGGAGAAUGGACCCACCAUGGACGUGGAGCUGUCCAGGGAGGACGCCCUGACGAUGUACACGCAGAUGCUGGAACUGCGCCGGUUCGAGACGGUGGCGGGCAACUACUACAAGGAGCGAAAAAUCCGCGGCUUCUGCCAUUUAUACAACGGACAGGAGGCCGUGGCUGUUGGCAUGAAGCAGCGUUUGCGGUCCUGCGACUCGGUCAUAACGGCGUACCGGUGUCAUGCCUGGACCUAUUUAAUGGGUGUUUCCCUUUACGAAAUAAUGGCGGAAUUGUUCGGAGUCCGAACUGGAUGCAGCCGGGGCAAAGGUGGCUCUAUGCACAUGUACAGCGAUAAGUUCUAUGGCGGCAACGGUAUCGUUGGUGCCCAAGUUCCGCUCGGCGCCGGAAUCGGCCUCGCCCACAGUUAUCGCAAGGACAACGGCGUGUCGGUGGUCCUUUAUGGUGAUGGUGCCGCCAAUCAGGGCCAGAUCUUCGAGUCCUUCAACAUGGCCAAGCUGUGGUGCUUGCCCUGCAUUUUCGUCUGCGAGAACAAUCACUACGGCAUGGGCACCCACGCUAAGCGGGCCUCUGCCAUGACGGAGUUCUACAUGCGUGGCCAAUAUAUCCCUGGUCUUUGGGUCGAUGGCAAUCAGGUGCUGGCCGUGCGCAGCGCCACCCAGUUCGCCGUGGAGCAUGCCCUCAAACACGGACCCAUUGUGCUCGAGAUGAGCACCUAUCGCUAUGUGGGUCACUCCAUGUCCGAUCCGGGUACAUCGUAUCGCUCAAGGGAGGAAGUCCAAGCAACGAGGGAGAAACGCGAUCCGAUCACCAGUUUUCGCAGCCAGAUCAUCGCCUUGUGCCUCGCCGACGAGGAGGAGCUGAAGGCCCUGGAUGAUAAGACUAGGAAGCAGGUCGAUAGCACUUGCAAGAAGGCCACCACCGACAGGGAGGUGGAACUUGAUGAGCUGCACACCGAUAUCUAUGCCAAGAAUGUGGAUGGUAAGAUCCGCGGCGUGUCCGGAUUCCAUUUGGAGCACAUCAAGCUGGCGGAGGUGUGCUUUGGCAAGCCGAAGAAGACGCCGGCCAGCGAGAUCAAUGACGUCCCAGUGGGCGCAGAGAUUGACGUGGCCAAGGCCAAGGAACGGCUGGCCAAGCAGGAUGCCAAGAAGGCCAAGGAAGCCAAAGGUGGCAACAAGAAGAGCGCGGACGCCAAGCAGCCCAAGGGCGAGGGCGACGAUGGCGAUAAGAAGGCAAAACCAGCCGCACAGCCGCCCACCAAGGCGCCACCUGCCCCCAAGAAGUAAUAUGCCCCACGGAAGGGAACACACCAUCGUAGCUUUUCAGCAAGUUGCAAGUUUCGCCAGAGUGCUUUAGCUGGUUUCUGAACCCAAAAGCAAGCAAAUUUAUGUAAAACUAUAAGUUUAAGUUGGAAAUAGCAAACUUUAAAUAUUUAUUAUAUUAG